CUUUUUCUCCUUUGUUCUUUUGGUUUUUUUUUUUUUACGAAUUCUUUUGAUUUCUCAGAUUUCACUUCGCUGAAAGAAAAAACAAUCCUCAAGUUUUGAAGUUUCUCAUCGACAAGCUCUCACCAAACCUCUCUCCCCCAUUCACAUUUAUCCCCGAAAUCUGCAUUUUCCAUCAAACGGAGCAGAAUUCUCCUGUUUCUGUUUGUUUCUCGGGAAAAUUCUAAGGCAAAGGCGGAACCUUUGAAAUCCCCAUGGUUCUUGACUGGAUUCACUCGCGAGCUGGUUAGUGCGCAUUCACUGUUUCCUUCUUCAAAUUUUUACAGCCUUGCCUUCACAAAGGUCUCAUCUUUUUCCCUUUUUCUCCAUUUUUCUCAGCAGCCUCACUUUCAGAAAUAGAAAGAACAAACCUUUUUCUCUUUUUGUACCCAGGAUUUGAAAUCCUGCAAAAACGUAAUCUUGGGUCCCGUAUCUGCUUUGAAUUCGAAGCAUAAACUCGAAUCCUCGCCUUAAUAUUCUCUCACUUACAGUUCCUUCCUGUAGAAAUGAAUCAACUUUCCAAAUUCCAUCUCUCAACGCCUAAUGCUCUGGUCAAGUAUGUGAUCCUUGGUGAUAUUAUCGUGGGUCCGAGGUGAGAAAAUAAGUGAGAAAGCUCCGAUCUGAAGCAUGCCCAGACGAGAUUUCAGUUUCUCCCUGUCUUCUGCUGCUGUUUCCAUUGCAACCUUGACGAAAUCCAAAUGAUGUUUCGGGUUCUGCCACUGUUUCUCUGUUUAGGGUUUUGGGCGUUACAAGUUGCAGUUUCAGAGAUUCCACUGGGUUCUAGGCUUCUUGUCGGUGGUGAAGACAGCUCAUGGGCUUCUCCCAAUGGUGAUUUCGCUCUAGGGUUCUUCAAUUCCUCCGAUUUAGCAAACCGGUUAAGCAUCGGAAUCUGGUUUAACUCCAGAACCAUCGCUCCUGAUCAAAGAAACGUCGUUUGGGUUGCUGGAGCAGACGUUACCGUUAGCGACAACUCUUACUUCGAACUCACUCGGAACGGGGAACUGGUUUUGUUCGAUUCCUCGUUGGGUGUUCCUGUCUGGAACAGCAAGACCGGCCGGAAUUCUGUCUCCUCGGCUCUUCUCCGUGAUGAUGGUAAUCUCGUCUUGAUGAAUCAGAAAGAUGAGAUUGUUUGGCAAAGCUUCGACACUCCAUCUGAUACGCUGCUUCCAGGUCAGAAGCUAUCACCUUUCGAGAUGCUUAGAGCUGCUAGCGAGAAUUCUAAGUCGAGUUAUUACAGUCUUCACAUGGCGGAUUCGGGCCGGUUAGAACUGAGGUGGGAGAGCAGCAUUACUUUCUGGUGGAGUGGAAAUGAAGCCCUGGAAGGGAAGAACAUUAGUGCUGUUCUUGCGUCAGAAGGAGCGCUGUUUCUAGCGGAUGAAGACAAGAGACCUGUUUGGUCUGCAUUCGGAGAAGAUCAUAACGACACAAUGGCGAAGUUUCGGUUUCUCAGGCUAGACAGGGACGGUAACCUCAGAAUGUACACUUGGAACAGUGGUUCGAACAUGUGGAAGCCAGUCUGGCAAGCUAUCGAGAACCAGUGUCGUGUUUUCGCAACCUGUGGCCAGCAAGUUUGUUCGUUCAACGCGUCUGGACACGCUGACUGCAAAUGCCCGUUCAGGCCUUCCCCGAUUUCAGACCCCAAGUGUUUGGCUCCCUACCAGCAGUCAGGCUGCAAGUCUGGCUUCGGCAUGGUGGAAUUCAAGCACUUGCAUCUGUACGGGAUCUACCCGGCUAAUGACUCUGUUUACUUCCAGAUCAGCUCGGAUAAAUGCAAGAAGAUCUGUUUAGAUAACCCUUCUUGUACAGCAGUCACUUACAUGAACGAUGGUACUGCUCGGUGCUUCAUGAAGCUAACUCGGUAUAUCAGCGGUUAUUCUGACCCGUCUCUGAUUUCCUUAUCGUAUGUCAAAAUAUGUUCAGACCCGGUUGCUGUUGAUCCAAGAUCUUCAAAAGGGUCAGCUUCAUCAUCAUCAACUCCUACGAAAUCCUCCGACAUAUGUCUUUCCUGUCUUGUCGUCGGUGUAACUUGCACAAUCUUUGUUUUGUUUCUCGGAGUUCAGAUUGGAAUCGGUCUAUACAUCUGGCGGAGAAGGAAGCGAGUCAGUAAGAAAAGUAUUCAGCUUUCCCAAGGGACAAACCCGAAGGGACUGGCGGUGUUGUCCAUCGAUGAAAUCAAAGUCAUUACAGGAAACUUCAAACACGGAAUAGGGCAUAAGCUGUUCAGAGGGGUUUUGCCUGAGAAUCAACUGGUUGCAGUCAAAGAAAUGGAGACGGCCUCCAUGGAAGAGAGGAAGUUCAGGAGCUCAGCCUCAAAGAUAGGAAGCAUACAUCACAAGAACCUCGCAAAGCUCGAGGCUUUUUGCUGCGAAUUGAGCCAGAGGUUUCUCGUUUACGAAUUCGCCAAGAACGGCUCGCUUCUCCGCAACAUUCAAGAUUCUCCGCGAAGCAAGAAGCUAAAAUGGAGAAAAAGAGUCGAAAUCUGCAUCGCCAUAGCCAAAGCCCUCGGUUAUCUCCACACAGAAUGCAGAGAGUUCAUCUGCCACGGGAACCUAAACUGCGAAAACAUACUACUCGACGAGAAUCUCGAGCCCAAGUUGACGGAAUUCGGAUUCAGGCCGUGUUCUGCAGACAAAGACGUCGGAGAUUUCGGCAAGACAGCGUUAACAGUAGUAUCGGGUCGGUGUGAUCCAACGGAAAUGUACGAAUGGGCGUAUAGAGAAUGGAUCGAAGGGAGGAAAGAAACGAUCGUAGACAAGGGAAUCGAAGGAGGGUUCGACCCAGACGAGCUGGAACGAGUUCUGAGAAUAUCGUUUUGGUGCGGUCAGGCGGAUGAACGGCUAAGACCGUCGAUGGAGGAGGUGGCGAAGGUGUUGGAAGGCACAUUGUCGGUGGAUCCGCCGCCGCCGCCGUUCGCCGGAACAAGAUCAUCGUCGCCUUCUAACUCGUCGAUGUCUGGACCAAUCUGAGCGGUUGGAUUGCAUAUCGGUGUAUAUAUAGAUUUCCUUGUCGGAUCUUGAUUUUUAACAGAAAGGAGACAGCGAAGGUUGACUCUUUGUUCUUUGUUUA